UGGUGAAUUUAAGAAAGCCUAUUUAGUAUUCUAAGAGAGUAAAGAAAAUGAGCAAAAAGCGUGUAGGUCUGAUUCAGCGCAGCGAAGACUUCUGCAUUCCCGAAGUCAGUAAAAAUGAUACUGGUGUACUUUCCCCAGAAGAUUGGCCUUUGCUUCUGAAGAACUAUGACAAAAUGAACGUCCGCUCUUCACACUUCACGCUGCUUGAGAGUGGAUCAACUCCUCUCCGACGAUCCCUAAGUGAAUACAUUAAGUAUGGUAUGAUAAACCUUGAUAAACCUUCCAAUCCUAGCUCCCAUGAAGUUGUUUCGUGGAUCAAGCGAAUUUUAAAAUGUGAAAAAACAGGUCACGCGGGUACGUUGGAUCCAAAGGUCACGGGUGCUCUAAUUAUUUGCACAGACCGCGCCACCCGCCUUGUGAAAUCUCAGCAGAAUGCUGGUAAAACGUAUAUCGGCGUAUUACGACUUCAUGAUACUGUCAGUCAAAAGAAGGUUGAUGCCGCCUUACAGCGUCUUACCGGCCCGUGUUUUCAGCGACCUCCACUUAUCGCUGCAGUUAAGCGCCAACUUCGUAUUCGUAACAUUUAUUCAAACAAACUGAUCGAGUAUGACAAGCACCGUCAUUUAUCGGUUUUCGAAACGCACUGCGAAGCGGGGACCUACAUUCGUACCCUUUGUGUUCACUUGGGUCUCAUCCUGGGUGCGGGUGGUCACAUGGAGGAGCUACGCCGCAUUCGUACGGGCGUUAUUUCCGAGGACGAUCACCUGUCGACGAUGCAUGACGUUCUUGAUGCUCAGUGGCUUUACGAAAGUGAAAAGGAUGAUUCCUAUUUACGCCGGGUGAUUCUGCCCUGUGAAUAUUUGCUGACUAAUUACAAGCGCGCGGUCGUGAAGGACUCAGCGGUAAAUGCCAUUUGUUAUGGUGCAAAGCUGAUGAUCCCCGGGCUCUCACGCUUUGACAACGGUAUUGAACGCGAGGACGUCAUAGUUCUUAUCACUACCAAAGGCGAGGCGAUUGCCCUCGCGUAUGCCGAGAUGACAACCUCGCAAAUGGCCUCUGUUGAGCACGGCAUUGUAGCUCGGAGUAAGCGUGUGAUCAUGGAUCGCGAUACCUAUCCGCGUCGCUGGGGACUCGGCCCUAUUGCUGUGAAGAAGCGUUCCCUGAUGAAGGAUGGCUUGUUAGACAAAUACGGACGCCCGCAAUCUAACACACCAUCCGAUUGGUUCUACGUGGAUUACGGUGGUGUGAAGACAAAUGCUGAGGGUGUCCAGUACGGCCAGCCAGUAAAAAAUGUUGGUGUGAAGCGUACUAGGGUUAAUGAUUCUGAUAGCGAUUAA